CGUGUGUUUGUGUGUGUGUGUGUGUGUGUGUGUGUGUGUGUGCGCGUGUGCCGAGAGAAAUAUUGCCAUUUAUACUGUAUUUCCUCUCAAAUGUAUCAUACUUCUUACUUUUGUUUAUCUUCAGUUUGUCUUUCUUUUAAAGUCUAUUUAAAGCAGAUAUACGAGUUAUGAGAAAAGUCCAUUAUAUAUAAUAUAAUGCUUAUGCAUAGUGUAAACAUCUUGAGGAGGUAUGACCCUCAGAUCGUUGAUCUACCUCAGAUGUGUCACAUGUUUUGCUCUUCAACAAGUGGUUGUUAUUCUCUGCCUUCAAAGUAGAGUUUCAAACUGCAGCCUUAACUUAAAAGCGACAACAUACUUAUACAACCUAAAGGAGAACGAAAACGACAUCCAUAAGAUAUAUAGAAAAGAUCAAAUCUAUGGUAUACAUGCACUUCCAAAUGACUUCCCAGUAAAAUAUACUGUAGAUGCUCUAUGCCGUUCUAUGUUUACAUGAUGGUUGUGUUUCAAAGCAUUGUGGUGAGUGUUUAAUGCGCAGGACGUGUGCUGCCUACGCUGAGGCCAUUACACCAAGACACUGAAGAGGAAGUGGUGACAAAAAAGGGGCCCUCCUGCUCCUCCCUCUGAUCCUGUUUGCUAUAUGCCAUGUGAUGAGAAAGGCUGCAGUUCAAAUAUCCACUGUACUUGUGAUCCAGGACCGGACCCUCAGAUAACCACCAACUACAGCCUGCACUGGGGCACAACAAACAGCGAACAGGGGCAUGUGACCUGUCCGACCAGCUCAAUAAGCGUUAUCCAUCGUCAACACUUCAGCCGUGGAGAACUUCAUGUAUGGCUGGAGGCUAAGAACAAGCAUGGUUCUGCCAAAUCUAGGGAGAAUGUCUUCAACACAAGAGAUAUCAUCAAGCCACCCUCUCCUAAUAUCACCCUGGGACAUCAGGAGCCAUUAGAGAUUAAGUGGCGCUCCUACUGUGGUGAGCUGCUUCUCUCCAUGGGAUCCUGUGAAAUCCGAAAUCGGGCUUUGGGAAACCUAGUUUGGCCUGAGCAUGAGACUGGAUACCAUGACUCCUAUACACUUGAAAGCCCCCUGCCUGACACACUCUAUGAAUUUCAAGUUCGUUGUGACUGUAGCGAAGGGUUAAUGAGUGACUGGAGUACAAGCCACAGGAUAAGGAGUGCGGAGAAAGCCCCUGUUGGCAAGCUUGAUAUAUGGAUGGACUGUGGGCUGUUGCCUGCAAGCAAAGACUGUUCUCUAACCUGGAAGACGCUUCCUUUAUCUCAGGCAUGCGGUGCUAUUGUGGGAUAUGAAGUUAAAUUGCUUUACAAUAAUUCCACAUGGAAACUGCUGAAUUUGUCCCCAGCUGAGACAAGAGGCCCGCUGUUGUGCAAUGAGACGCAGUGCCGCCUUACCUCCUCUCUAAAGGACGUAUCAUCAGUCAGUGCAUCAGCCCUCAACUCUCGUGGUGCUACUGCUCCCUCUCAUCUAGCUAUGCCAAAUCCAGGUAAAGAUGGAGAUGUAAGAACUAUAAACCUCAAGAUGAAUGAAGAGAACCUCACUGUGGCCUGGGAUCUGCCCUCGAAGCCCCUCUCCAAACUGAAGGAAUAUGUAGUGCAAUGCAAACAAGUGGAGUCACGUCUAGGCCAAGGAUUUGAUUGGGUCAAAGUGACCAAUAACCAGACAACAGUGUUUUUUAAAGGUCACUUUAUAAAGCACACUCCCUUCCAGGUGUCACUGUUCAAAAUAUCCCACAACAUGACAGUCCGCUACCUUUCAUCAGUCAUCGGAUAUUCUCUUGAAGGAAUUCCCUCCAGCGUGCCCUCGUUUCAAGCAUUUUCUAUUGGUUCCACUUGGGUGACCCUGUUUUGGACGGCUGUUCCCUUAUCCAAGCAGAAUGGGGUGAUCCAAUACUACCUAAUAGGAUUAGGUCAAGAAAACGUGUCCAAUGUGACUGCACACCCACAGAGUCCAGAUGGGACUUAUACGCUGAACCUUCUGAAUCCAGGUCAGGAGUAUGAGGUGUGGAUAAGAGCUGUGACUAAGGCCGGGCCUGGAGCAAAAGCCACCACAACGUUCAAAACUAAACAGAGUGAAAAUCAUGAUCUUUUAAAACUAGUCCUGCUUCCACUAUUGUUUAUCAGUUUAAUAUGUGCUGCGUUUGUCUGCUUUUGCUUGGUAGCAGAAAACAAAAUGUGUCCCCAGGUGAAUUUAUUGUUCAAUGGGAAAGUGCCAGAUCCCCGCAACAGCAACAUCUUCAGAGGGAUGAAGCACCAGAUGAUUGACCCAUUUAGCUCGAUCUGCAUACCCAUCCCCGAGCCGCAUCCAGAUAUCUCUGUUUUGGAGGUUGUUAAAAUCCAGCCUGAUGCUUUCACGUCCAAGCCGAAGGAAACCUCAGACCAAGAAGAGCCGAGGGAGAAUGCUGUCACAGAGGAGUGUGGCAGGAUGGACGGCAGUCAUGGACGAGAGGAGUACAGCAAGAUGGUUGACUCUGAUGAGGAGAGGGACAGAGAGGAGGACAAGGAGGAUUGUUGGAGCUCAUCAGAGGAAGACCAGUUUACAACAGGUUAUGAAAAGCACUUCAUGCCCACUGCCUUGGAAAUACUGGACGUUUGAAGAUGCCUCCAUAUUGCUCAGUGGACAUUUACCUCAGAUGUGUGUUCAAUGUUUUUUUAUAAUGUGCAAAAUGUAGAUUUUUAGAUGAUGACCUCUGUGCAGGUUUCUGUAGCCUUCCUCUGCAGGACCCUGGAGGCUGGACUCUUUUAUAUGUUUAUUGUUUUAUAUUUUUGUUUCGCCAUUUGGUCAUCAUGUUGGUUUUUCCUAUUUCAGUUACAACUUUUGUCGUUCCCCAUUUUGUCUUUGUAUUGAGCCUGACUGUGAGAAUACAAAGCCAUUGUGUUUUUUAAGAGACAGAAAUAUGACACAUUUUUCUAUAAACUGACAAUGAAAUCUAGGUAUUAAUUCUGGCUGGAACCCUAAUAUACUUGACAUCAAGAUCACCCACCCGCCAACCUGAAGUGGCCUCAUAGAGGCACACUGACUGAAGAUCCUGCCCAGUAUUAAAUGAUCAUCUGAACAUCUCAUCUCUGCAGAUUCAUCUAUAAAAUGUUAAAAUAAAAUUCCUGGAAUGGCGCUCAGUCGAUCGCAUUGCACUGCCAAGGCCCAAACAAGCCUCUGUCUGUUCAGGAAAAACUAAGUGGGGUGAUCAUGUGUAUCGAUAUGUACAAACGCACAGACCUCAAAACCAAUUGAACGAUCCAUCAGGAGGAUUGUCUUAUUUUAUUUUAUCUUUUAAGUUAGUUACUGAUCAAUUUCAUGGAUAUUUCUUUGGCCCAUUCAACAUCAUAAAGAAAAAAAAAACACUUAAACUCCUCAUUCGAGGUCACAACAUGUUUAAAAAAAAAACAUUUAAGUUUUAUUUUUAAUCUUGCGAAAUUAUCAUAAAACUUCCAGAUUAUAAUAUAAAAUAAAUAAUGACUGAGGAAAUAUAUAUAUAUACAACUGUAACUUAGCGUAGUUGAUCGUUUACGGCUCAGCAUCAAAGGAUUCAUGGUCCAUGUAUGUCCAAGAUAGAGAACACCGUUUUCUAAUGGCGAGUGAUCAAACUUUGACGCCACCAUUGAGCCAUUUUGCGACGCCCAUUGAAAAUUCCUCCAAAAUACAUACAUUUUCACCACUUUCUAACUAUCUGCAAAUUUUUGUUAAGGAUUUGAGCAUGUUAACGCAAAUUCAUUUGCCUGAAUAACAGGGGCGUCGUUAGGCCUGUUUUAGGGGGGCUGAAGCCCCCCUAAAAUGUGCUUCAGCCCCUCAAAAAUAAUUAUUGAUAUUUUUUUUUUUUUUUUAAUUAAACUAUUGUUUUACACAUGGACAAGUUAUUGAUAACUCUAACAUGCUACAUGUCAUUUUAAAUUGACUUCAGUGCCAUGAACAUGUUUUCUGAUCUGAUAUUGACCUCAACCAUGAAUAAAUUGAAAUAAAUGUGUAUAUAUACAGUAAAUAUAUAAAUGAUAA